AUGGACGAAGCGAAAGAGAUGAAGUCCUCGUCCGAGAUAGAGCGACGUAUGUUCUUCCUAAACGUCCGACAAUCAUUGGAUAUUGACAGAAGCACUUCAGAAAUCACCACACAGGAAGGCGUGGUUCAAGACCUCAGCCACCAUCUUGUGGGUCUCGACUUACAACCCGAAGAUGCGCGAAACAUGUCCAAGCUGGAGAUCGUCUCUGCCGGUUGGGUCAUUUCCAACAGCUGGGCGGGUAUUGCAGCGACAUUUGCUCUUGCCGUCAGUCAAGGCGGUCCGGUCACUCUAGUCUAUGGGCCGAUCAUCAUUUUCGUGCUGGUCGGACUCUGCGCGUUGACAUUGGGAGAGCUAGCGAGUGUGUAUCCCACAGCUGGAGGCCAGUAUCAUUGGACCAGCAUCUUGGCGCCGAAGAGCUGGAGUCGGGAGCUGAGUUACUGUUGCGGUGCGACGAACGUAUUUGCAUGGAUUGCACUCUGCGCUGGGGUGGCUAUUAUCUUUCCACAGCUGGUCAUAGGCAUGGCCAUCUUCUAUAACCCUUCGUAUGCGCCGAAACCGUGGCACGCAUUCCUGCUAUAUCAAGCAGCAAAUACCCUGGUUCUCUUGUACAACAUCUACGUCCUCAAGCGAACGAUGUGGAUCCAUGAUGUUGGCUUCUUCCUCUCCAUUACCAGCUUGACGAUGAUUGUCAUUGUUAGUCUUGCUCGCACUGGUCCACACUACCAAUCGUCAGAGUUCGUGUGGACCACGUUCGUGAACGAGAGCGGGUGGGUCGAUGGUAUCGCCUUCUUGACAGGCCUCAUCAAUCCGACAUAUAUGUAUGCUGGCAUUGAUGGCGCGAUACACCUAGCUGAAGAGUGCAAAAACGCUGCUGUGGUGGUGCCGCGCGCUCUACUGAGCACGAUAUCCAUCGGCUUCGUGACGUCGUUUGUCCUUGCAAUAGUGAUGCUGUACUGCACGAAUGAUCUGCAAUCUGUUGUCUCGACAGCAACCGGUGUGCCGAUAUACGAGAUUUGGCGCCAAAGCACACGGUCGGACGCGGCAGCCACCGCGUUCAUCGUGUCGCUCACGGUGAUGGUACUAAUAGCGCUCAAUGGAAGUCACCAAACUGCUUCCCGUCUGACGUGGUCGUUUGCACGCGACAACGCAAUCUUUGGUAGUCGGUGGCUGAACAAGAUGAGUCCGAAACAGCAAGUUCCUAUCGCCGCUCUGCUGUUCAACUUUGCCAUCAUGUUCAUCAUUGGAUGUAUCUAUCUAGGCUCAACGUCAGCUUUUAAUUCCUUCAUUGGCACAGGGCUGAUCCUACAGCACGUCACAUACGCCUUUCCCGCGGCACUGCUUAUAUAUCGGAGAAGAUCCUCGACUUGGUUGCCGCAAACUCGUUACGUCAAUCCUCCAUCGGUGGUAGGCUGGACGGCAAAUAUCGUGACUGUGAUGUUUGCCGUCUUCGUUCUCGUCUUCUAUUGCUUCCCUGUUGCCAAGCCUGUCACGGGAAGCAGCAUGAACUAUGCGAGCGUUGUGAUUGGGGUAAUGGGGUUGUUCGCAGGCUUGAAUUGGUUCUGCCAUGCUAAGAAGCAUUAUUCCGGGCCGCGGCUGGACUUAAUCGAGUAG